ACCAGAUAUUUUAAACCACUUCGGCGGAUCUGUUCAGGAAAUGAAGAUGUUGCCUGGUUCCGCAUUAUUGUGAUAGUUUGGUGCAAUGAACACAAGAUUGGUAUAGGAUGCCUCGUCGGCAGGUAAUGGGAGCCUGUCAACCCUAGGUUGAAAGUCAUAAAGCUGACGAGAGGCAAUUGAAGUGACGGAGUCUGAGCAACAGGUAUUACAGGAAUGCAGUUAAAAAGAAAGCGCUGACCAACACAGGUUGAGACACAUGAUGAUACUGAAGAAAGGUUUAGGACGAAUGCCUAAGGUCUGUACCAAAGAUGGACCCUCCUAAAAGGCGCAGGAAGGAAUGCAGCCAACAAGACACUGAAGUCAGUCAACCUGUAAAAUUUCCUCACAUUGUCUUAUUCUUGCUAGAAAGAAAAAUGGGGGCCUCCCGAAAAUCUUUCCUUACCCAGCUUGCAAGAAGAAAGGGUUUUUGUGUGGAGAAUAAGUUCUGCAACACAGUGACACAUGUUGUGUCAGAGAAUAAUACUGGAGAUGAAGUAUGGGAAUGGCUUGAAAAACAGGAUUCAGGGAAUGGAAAUGGGAACCUCAGUACAUUAGCUCUACUUGACAUGAGCUGGUUCGUUGAGAGUAUGAGUGCAAAUAAACCUGUAGACAUUCAAGAUAGACACAGAUUGAAGGUGAAAGCAGCUUGUGCCUCUUUAACUCCUGAUUAUAUGGUGCCUGUCUAUGCCUGCCAAAGACGGACUCCUCUGCAGCAUCCAAACAGACUUUUUACGGAUGCUUUAGAGAUCUUGUCUGAAAAUGCAGAAUUCUUUGAAAGUGAAGGGCGAAGCUUAGCAUUCUACAAAGCUAGCUCUGUCAUGAAAGCUCUUCCAAUCCGCCUGACCAGCACCGUUGACCUGUGUGGUCUGCCUUGUAUCGGAGAACAUUCUCAGAGAGUCAUUAAGGAAAUCCUUGAAGAUGGAGUUUCAAGUGAAGUUGAGGGAGUGCUGCAGUCUGAAAGAUAUCAGGCAAUGAAGGUAUUGACAAGUAUUUUUGGAGUAGGUGUGAAGACAGCUGACCGUUGGUAUAGAGAAGGGAUUCGAAAUUUUGGAGAUAUAUUGUCUUCUGGGCAAAAAUUAACUAAAGAGCAGGAAGCAGGUGUAAAAUACUUCAAGGAUCUUAGCAGUCCUGUAACUGAAGAAGAGGCCAACAGCAUCACUGAUACUGUCAGAAAAGCAGUUGCAAGCAUCGACACAAGAGCAAAGGUGACUAUCACAGGGGGAUUCAGACGAGGUAAACAGAGAGGACAUGAUGUUGAUUUGCUCAUCACCCAUCCAGAAGAGGGCAAAGAGGCAGGGCUUUUAGCUCAAAUCAUCACCAUUCUGGACAGCCAGGGCCUACUGCUGUACUAUAAAACGAAGGAGAACACCUACACUGCACCCAGAGAACCUCCAGUUAAACCUCACAGUACUUUGGACCGCUUUGAAAGAUGCUUUUCUGUAUUUAAAUUGAGCCUUCCACCAUUCAGAGGGAGUCAGGAACCAGUGAGCUUGAGCACACCAUUGGACAAGACAUGUAUAGCCACUGACUGGAAGGCAGUGCGUGUGGAUUUAGUGGUCUCUCCAUGCAGUCAGUAUGCCUAUGCUUUGUUGGGCUGGACAGGAUCUCAGCACUUUGAGAGAGAACUUCGUCGCUUUGCUGGCAGUGAAAAACAGAUGGCUCUGAACAGCCAUGCCCUAUAUGAUAGAAAGCAGAAUGAAUUUCUUUCUGCAAGCACAGAAGAAGAAAUUUUUGCACAUCUUGGAUUGCCAUUCAUCCCCCCUCACGAGAGAAAUGCUUGAGGAGGAAAAAAAAGUGGGCUAUCAGGGACCACCUAAUGAAGAGGGACACUCACUUGUGUGCAUUGUGGCAUGUUUUAUAAAUAAGCAGCAGCUGCCAUCUGCCUGGCACAGCUAAGGUGCCUGCUGUUUGUCACUAGUGCUAAUUCUCAUUUUCUGUUGAAGGUGUGAUACAGCAUGCCUUAUUUUUAAGGCUUAAAUAAAAUCAUUGCUUUUCUAUUAUACAA